UCGCGGCCAGGUAACCAAACUUUUCCAGCGUCAUUCAUAGUUACCUGUUCACCGUCAUUCAACGCACAAACCCCUGUAGCAGCAAGGAAACUUCCCGGGCUCCAGGAGCUGGGCUAACCGCCGCCGCAGCCAUGGCCGAGUCCCAGCUCAUGUGCAUGGAGGACGGCCACAUCGGUGUGAAGGUCCCGGAGUCUAAACCCGAGUUCUACUACAGCGAGGAGCAGCGAGCUGCCAUCGAGGAGCUCCUCAAGAAUGGCGACGGAGCCUUCAAAAUGAGACUCAAAGAUGACAACAUGAAAGACUUCCUGUCAGCCAGAGAAGUCAAAGCUUGUGUGAACACUUUUAAGGAGUACGGCUCAGGGGGCGAUGAGAGCGGCGGCAGUAAGGCGUCAGAGACCGACGCGGACUCAGGGGUUCACUCCACGUACUGGCCCGAGAUGUCGGACACGGAGGUGCCACAGCUGGAUAACGGCUGGCCCGGAACGAGUAUGUUCAGAGGGGUGACCAGGGUGGCUGUGCACACCCACCCACCCAAAGAAAACGGACCCCACAUCAAGGAGGUGGUGAGGCGACUCAUCCAGGAGUCCAGCAAGGUCAUUGCGAUUGUGAUGGACAUUCUCACAGACGUCCAUAUUCUUCAGGACCUGAUGGACGCAGCCUGGCGCCGCUCUGUACCCGUUUACAUCUUGCUGGAUCACCAAGGUGUGCCACAUUUUCUGGAUAUGUGCUCCAGGCUGCAGAUUGGCUCACAGCACCUUCGGAAAAUCCGAGCCAGAUCUCUUCAGGGAGUCGGCUUCAGCUUGUCCUUUGGCAGACUUCCUGGUUCGCUGUGUAGCAGAUACAUGCUGGUAGACGGAGAUAAAGUCAUGUUUGGCUCCUACAGUUUCUCCUGGUGUACGUCCCGUAUGGACCGGAACAUGAUCACUGUGAUGACAGGACAGGUGGUCGACUUCUUUGACCGGGACUUCCGUGAGCUUUAUGCCAUCUCUAGUAAAAUGGAUCUCUACAAGGAGUUCCACGUCACUCCUCCUGCUGCCACCAAAACUGCAACGUUACGUUCCAAAGAAGGACCCAAACGUCCACCUAUACCUGCAGCCACCUCCCGUUUUCAGGUCACCUUAGGGGAGUCACGGAAAGCUGAUAUCCAGGUGCCUGCACACAAAUACUACAACCCCAAAUAUGCUCUGGUGUUUGGGGACAACCCACCACGUCCACCAGGGUCUCUGCAAGAACCUGGACCCAAGAGAAAGCCCACUCUGGCUGAGGUCCUGGAGGAGAUGGACCCUGACGAGCCACGAGUGGCACGCAGCGACAAAACAGAACGACUAAGUCCACUGCCUGCACAGGACUCAAGGGAAAUCUUCAAGACGCCAAAUGGGAUCAACCCAGACAAGAAGGGACGGCGGACAUUAAGAGUCAACUGGAACAAAUUGUCCACUAAGGAUCCAGUUACGAAUCUGGAGAACAACAAGAGCCCCCCAACCCCAGACAGCAAGAGGAGCCCCCCACCCAGGCCCCCAGCUCCAGUGACCAAUAGGAGGCCCACCUCUAAAGAAACCACGAGGACAGAGGAGAGUGAUGAAAGCUUUGAGAUUAUUGUGAGAACUCCAAGCAAGUGGAGUAAGAAGAACUCCAAACUGGGCCGGAGGACGGUAUCUGAACAAACUGUCGACACUGGAAAAGACAGUGAGAGUAUCAAGAGUCGGCCUCGAGGAAAAGGCUGCAAAAUCUCCUGAAGUGAAUCUGCCAAUCCAUCAACAGAACAGAUUACAUUCUAGGAAUUGUUUACUGACUUCUAUGAACAUGAACAUUACCUUUGAUUGUGCAAUAUUGUAAGCAUUUUAUUAGCAGUGCCUUGAGGAAAGACCAAAUGAAUGUGCAGACCUUCAGGUAUCAGCUUUUUCAUGUCUAUAGGUUUUUGUGCCAAAUUAGAAAGUGAAAAAAAAAACAAUCAACUGCUACCCUGGUGAGCUGCAGAGAACUCUAAUGGACUUGUCCCUGGUGAUUUUGUCCAUCUUAAUUUCUUUGAAGUUCCACAUCAGGGCACUUUUCAUACUUGUGUAGAUAUUGGAUACAUAAAUUGUAAGCUGUUUUCCCCCUUAAUUUUAAUGGUAUUCCAGCAGAAGAGAAUUUAAGGGGAGCAGUGUUUUCAGGUUAAAAAUGUAUACACUACAAAUGGGACAUUGCAGUAAUUGCAGUGCCUUGGUACUCAAUAUUUGUACAUAUACUAUAAGGGCAAAAGUAUUUAGCUAUCUGACCAUUACACCAAAAGGGACUGUAUUGAUAUGGAGUUGGCCCCCGUUUGCAGCCAUAACAGCUUCCAGUCUUCUUGGAGGGCUUUCCACAAGAUUUUUGAGUGUGGGAAUUUGUGCCUAUUCAUUUUGUAGAGCGUUUGUGAGCUCAGGCACUGAUUUUGGAUGAGAAGACCUGGCUUACAAUCUCAGUUCCAGUUCAUUAAAGUCAGGGCUCUGUGUGGGUCAGUCAGGUUCUUCCACACCAGACUCAUCAAACCAUGUCUUUAUAGUCCUUGCUUUGUGCACUGGAGCACAGUCAUGUUUGAAUAGAGAAGGGCCUUCCCCUAAACUGUUGCCACAAAGUUGGGAGCAUAGCAUCAUCCAAAAUGUCUUGGUACGCUGAAACAUUAAGACUGGGCUUCAUGGGGUGCAGAUAGCCUAGUAGUUCAAUCAGGAGAGACAAAAGAAGCGUGAUCAUUCGUUUAUUUUACAAAGAAUUUUUUUUUAUAUUAUUUUAUGAUGAAUCAAAAGUCUUUGGCGUAAGACUCCACUGUGAACCCUGUCAGUCCAGAAAAAGGGGUACAGCCCGUCAGAUCAGAUAGGAUACCCCCGGAAUCUUGACACUGGUGGUGGUGAGUGAUUAGGAGAGGGAUCCGAAACUUCUGAGGAGCUGAACUGACUUGAAGUUGAGAGUAUUCUGAAGCGGUUGACGAGUUCGGUGGUGACAGGGGUGGUGGAGGGAUGCACCUUUCAGCUGAGACGAAUGACUGCAGAGGAAGGAGAACAAGUUUAUAAAGAGGACAGCGACAUGAUUAUUGGACAUAGGGGAAUUGUUUGCUGAGUCUGACUGGACAAUUGAUAGAGUAAGUAGACACCCUUAACAGCUGAUCACCAGGUGAGAGUGGCAAAGGCAUAAUGAGUGAAAGGGGAAAAGUCUUCCUGCUUGAACUUUCGCUGAGCUUCAUUUUAAGGUUCAAUGCAGCCUGUGGCCUUCUCCCGCAUGUCUCUCCCCACUCUCUCGUCCCUGUUUGCAACUCUAUCCACUGUCCUCCUCUAUCAAACACAGGCACAAAAAGCCCCAAAUCUUAAAAAAAAAAGAUAUUGGCCUUCACUGGAGAUAAGGGGCUGAGCCCAAACAGAGAAAUGUGAUUCAUCACUCCACAGAGCACGCUUCCACUGCUGCACAGUCCCAGUGCCAGUGUGCUUUACACCCUUCCAUCCGAUGUCUGGCAUUGGACUUGGUAAUGUGAGGUUUUACAUGUAGCUGCUCGGCCAUGGGAACCCAUUUUAUGGGGCUCCCACAGUUUUUGAGCUUACAUUAAUGUCAGUGGAAGGUCAGAACUCUUCAGCUAUGGAAUCGGCAUCGGCUACUUUUAUGCACCGUGCACUUUAGCAGACAUUGACGCCACUCUGUGAUUCUACGUGGUCUUCAGCGUUGUGGCUGAGUUGCUGUUGUUCCUAAAUGCUUCCAGUUUCUAAUAAUACCACUUACAGUUGACUGUGGAAUAUCCAGCAGGGGUCGAUCAUCUAUCACAGUACCACGCUUGAAACCUCUGAGCUAUUUGGAACAGGCAAUUUAGGAUCACAAAUGCUUAUAAAUGGAGACUGCAUUGCAAGGUACUUGAUUUAUACACACUUUCAUUAAAACACCUGAAUUCAUUAUUUAACAUGUGUGGCCAACUACUUUUGUCCAUACAGUGUAUGUAUAUAUAUAUUUCUUCAUUGUUAAAACAAUACCAGAUGCAGAGCUGCUGGUGCUCACUGUGUUUUCAGUGGGGUUCUGUUGUGCCUCAUAUCCAUCCCUAGCUUAGACAUCAACUUUCUCAAAGUUGAUCCACUUCUUUAUGCUUUAGGCUUUAUUGAUUUCUCAUGUUUACCUGUAUUACCAUUAUAAUGAUAAGUAUUUUCCCAGUGACUGUAUUAUACAUCUUUGUUACCUUUCUCUUGUGGUUUUCUACUGUGAAAAUACAUAACAUAGUUUUUAUUUCUGUGUCCACUUACUCUUUAAGAUUUGGGAUCUUUUUUUUUUACA